AUGGCAUCUACCGGGAACCAGCAAUUGGCAGUGCAUCUCAAUAAUAUGGCAGUGAGUUUCCUUACAUUCCAGAAUCUUAACAAGGCUUUUGAGUUGCUUCGGGAGGCUUUGUUUCAGACCAUAUGUGUUGUUGACCCCCACUGUAGCGAGACUGUCGAUGCGUUGGUGGCCGACCGAACCACGAAGUCUGGGCCUAUACUGUACCAAUCAUUGGCAGUGAAAGAUUCCGCAUUUCAAGAUACCGAAGAGAAAAGAACUGGCUGUUCUUGUGCUUCAAUAACUUUUGUCUAUUCUGAUGGGAUUCGCUUGCUCCCUUCCGGUAUCGCCUUUUCCUGUGACAAUCUAGUCAAUGAAAUCGCAGUAUCCAGCAUUAUAAUUUUCAAUCUCGGUGUCGCCUACCAUGUGAAUGGUCUUGAGACUUAUUCUGGAUCCCAAUUAACAAAAUCACUGUCAAUGUAUCAGAAAGCGUAUGUUUUAUUGCUGGAUGUCGGCAUCCCCCCCAUGCCGACUGGUAAUGCAAUGGUGGAUCUCCUGUUCAUGGCGCUGUUUAAUAAUUUGGCGCAUGUUUGUUUCGAGCUCGUCAAUUACGAAGAGUCCGAGCGCUAUUUCGAUAGCUUGUAUCGGUUUGCGUACGCAAUAUCCCCGAUUUUCUACGAUGACCCCGCAGCUCGCGACGCUAUAGAACAGCACAAGCGCAACUUUCUACUAAAUGCAAUCAUUCUGAAAACCCCGAAUUUUGCGAACGCUGCGUAA